AUGGAGCCUACGACAAAAUCGAAGGACAUUAUCUUCCGAUCGAAGCUCCCGGACAUCUACAUCCCGAAGCACCUCCCACUCCACACCUACUGCUUCGAGAACAUCUCCCGGUUCGGGUCCCGACCCUGCCUCAUCAACGGCUCCACCGGCGAGAUCCUCACCUACGAUCAGGUCGAGCUGGCUUCCCGUCGGGUCGGGUCGGGUCUCCACAGGCUCGGCAUCCGGCAGGGGGACACCAUCAUGCUCCUCCUCCCCAACUCCACGGAGUUCGUCCUUGCCUUCCUCGGCGCCUCCCAAAUCGGCGCCGUCUCCACCAUGGCCAACCCCUACUUCACCCCGGCCGAGGUCGUCAAGCAGGCCGGGGCCUCCCGGGCGAGGCUCAUCAUCACCCAGGCCUGCCACGUGGACAAGGUGCGUGACUACGCGGCGGAGCACGGGGUGAAGGUGGUGUGCGUAGACGGCGGCGGUGCCCUGCCGGAGGGGUGCCUGGCGUUCUCGGAGGUGGCAUCGGGGGAGGAGGCGGAGCUGCCGGCGGUGAAGAUCUCCCCGGACGACGUGGUGGCGCUUCCGUACUCGUCGGGGACGACGGGGCUGCCGAAGGGGGUGAUGCUGACGCACAAGGGGCUGGUGACGAGCGUGGCGCAGCAGGUAGACGGGGAGAACCCGAACCUGUACAUACACAGCGAUGAUGUCAUCAUGUGUGUGCUCCCACUGUUCCACAUCUACUCGCUGAACUCGAUCAUGCUGUGCGGGCUGCGGGUUGGGGCGGCCAUCCUGAUAAUGCAGAAGUUCGAGAUUGUGCCCUUCCUGGAGCUGAUACAGAGGUACCGGGUGACGAUCGGCCCGUUUGUACCGCCUAUUGUGCUGGCGAUAGAGAAGAGCCCCGUUGUGGAGAAGUACGAUUUGUCGUCUGUGAGGACAGUCAUGUCCGGGGCGGCGCCGCUCGGGAAGGAGCUGGAGGACGCCGUCAGGUUGAAGUUCCCCAAUGCCAAACUUGGCCAGGGGUACGGAAUGACUGAAGCCGGGCCGGUGCUGGCGAUGUGCUUAGCAUUUGCAAAAGAGCCAUUUGAGAUAAAAUCAGGUGCUUGCGGGACUGUGGUUAGAAAUGCUGAGAUGAAAAUUGUGGACACCGAAACUGGCGCUUCUCUUGGGCGUAAUCAGCCCGGUGAAAUUUGCAUUAGAGGUGACCAGAUCAUGAAAGGCUAUUUGAACGAUCCGGAGUCUACUGAAAGGACAAUAGACAAAGAAGGAUGGCUACACACCGGCGACAUAGGGUUCAUCGAUGACGAUGAUGAGUUGUUCAUCGUCGAUAGGUUGAAAGAAAUAAUCAAGUACAAAGGGUUUCAAGUUGCACCCGCUGAACUGGAAGCCCUCCUCCUCAACCACCCUAAUAUCUCUGAUGCUGCUGUUAUCUCCAUGAAAGACGAGCAAGCCGGAGAAGUACCCGUGGCCUAUGUUGUGAAGUCAAACGGUUCCACCAUCACAGAAGAUGAGAUUAAGCAAUUUGUGUCCAAACAGGUGAUCUUUUACAAGAGAAUAAAUCGUGUGUUCUUCAUUGACGCCAUUCCAAAGUCUCCAUCAGGCAAAAUUUUGAGAAAGGACUUGCGAGCAAAAUUAGCGGCUGGCCUUAUUCCAAAUUAA